AUGAAGAUGAAAUUCAUCGGACUAUUGGCUGCUCUCGUUCUCUUGGCCCUCUGCCUGGUCACCGGAGGAGAUGCGCAGAGAUUUGGAUUCGGCUAUGGCAGAUACGGUGGCUAUGGAAGAGGUUUCGGCGGAUACGGCGGUUAUGGCAGGGGAUUCGGAUACGGAAGGGGGUUUGGAGGAUACGGCAGGGGAUACGGAGGAUACGGAAGGGGAUUUGGAAGAGGCUUCGGCUUCUACGGCUAAUCUCUCCCAACUGCUCGGCAACUGCUCUACCGAAUGGUCUUUCCUGCACAUCGUUACUACACUCGUUUCUGUAACAUGCUGCUUCGAAAAUACUUCGCUUCUCUAUUUUUCAAUAAAAGUUCCUUGCUAAAAGAAAAUA